AUGACGGACGUAGAAGACCAAGAAAAUAUACCUAUUCAAGAAAAUGAUAGUCAAGAGAACAUAUCGUCUGUGGAUUUAAACAGUGAGAGAUCUUCUAGUCCAAUCGAUAAUAAUAAUAAUAGUAAUAGUAAUAAUAGUGAUCAUAAUGAUAUUGAUGAUCAAAUAUCAAUAAUUUCAAGCAACGACAAUGGUGAGAAUGACAUAGAUCGUCACAAUAAAAAUCAAUCUUUAUCAAACGCACAAAACGAUGGUGAACAGGUAGCAACAGAUUCAACCAAUAACUUGGAAUUAUCUGGUAAAACAAAUAAAAAUGAUUCAGUUGAUAUGGAUGACCAGAGAUCAAGUGAGGUGUCUAAUAAUUUACAAGAGCCUGCUGUUUCAUUAUCAGAUAUUCCAUCCUCAGGUAGAACACGCACUAGAACGUCCUCCAUUAUUUCAAAUAAUUCAAUUAAUAAUAUCAAAUCUACUUUCCAUUUAGCUAAAGUAACAUUAGAAAAAAUUCAAGAAGAGAAAGAUGUAAAAAAGUACCCAAAUAUACAGAAAGGAGUAGAAAGAGCAUUAAUAAGAUUAAAUGAAAGUUUGCAAAAUCCGGAAAAUAUUAAUAUUACUAAUGAUUCUUUACUUAUUUUUGAUACUCUAAGAAGUUGUUGUCGAACUAAAUCUAGCAAAUUACAAAGAGUAUCUUUAGAUUGCCUGUCCAAAAUGUUUUCCUUUAGAUCGCUUGAUGAAACUCUAUUAGUAAAUCCUCCUGAUUCUUUGGCCUCGAAUGACCAAGUUGUUGAUCCAAACUCUGGCAUUACACCACCUCCAAAACAAACACUAAUUGAUGCAGCUAUUGACACCAUUGCUGAUUGUUUCCAAGGUGAGGGUACCAACGAAAAAGUCGAACUACAGAUUAUUCGUGCUUUAUCUAGCUGUAUCCUUGUUGAAGAUUCUAUAUCUUUAUGCCACGGUGCAUCUUUGUUAAAGGCUAUUAGAACGGUUUACAAUAUUUUUGUUAUGUCUUUAAGCGCUUCGAAUCAAGGUAUUGCUCAGGCAACUCUAACUCAAAUGGUUAGUUCUGUGUUCGAUAAAAUAGAAUUAAAGAAAAAUAAUCAAUCAACAACUUUUAUAAACCGAUCCAAAUCUUUGGUUAAUAGUCUGGACAACCAAGCUGUUUUAUCUGAAGAGGCCCCCAGUUUCAAAGAAGUUGUCACUUUAGAAGAUAUGGGUCGGUUAAAUGAUGAAGAAGAAAGAAUUGUUGAUUCUCAGAAAAAUGAUGCAUUUUCUUCCGGUCAAGAUUUGGUAAUUAAAGAUGCAUUUUUGGUAUUUAGAACCAUGGCAAAGAUAUGUGCAAAGCCUAUAGAGAGUAACCUUGACAUGAGAUCUCAAGCAGUUCGUUCAAAGUUGUUAUCUUUACAUAUAAUUUACUUAAUAAUGAAGGAGCAUGUCGAUGUGUUUUUAUCACCAAAUAUAUUUUUACCUGGUAAAAAAAACGAAACAUUCUUGGAUUCCAUUAAGCAGUACUUAUGCCUAUCAUUAUCUAGAAAUGCUGCUUCCCCAAUACCCCCAGUUUUUGAAAUCACUUUAGAAAUACUUUGGUUAUUGAUUGCUAAUUUGAAAGUUGAGUUUCUAAGAGAAAUUCCCGUUUUCGUUACGGAAAUUUAUUUCCCGAUUGCAGAACUAAGUACUUCAACAGCUCAACAAAAGAGAUAUUUCCUGGUUAUCUUGCAGAGAAUAUGCAAUGAUCCUAGAACGUUGAUUGAAUUCUAUUUGAAUUAUGAUUGCCAUCCUUCCAUGCCAAAUAUCACUGAACAAAUCAUUAAUUAUUUGACAAAAACAGCAUUAACAAGAGUAGAUAUUACACCAUCUCAAAGAUCAUACUAUGAAGAUCAGUUAACAAAACCAUUAUUUACCUAUAAUUUUGACCAAUUACCAUUGUUAACUAUACAAACCUUAUCUUCGACUUCUGGACCACAAGAUGUAUCAUUGUUUCCCGUGGAAUAUGCGUUAAAAAUGACUUCAUUGGGGUGCAUUGUUUCUGUGUUAAAAUCAUUAAGUGCUUGGGCCCACAAAGCAUUGAAUCCUCAAACAAUGCCAAACAAUGCAAAGGAAAACCCACACUUAACAACAGAGCCCACUUUAUCUAGUAUAAAUGUCAAUGACGUUGAUACAUUAAAUAGCCAAGAUAUAGAUGACCCAUUACAAUUGGAAAAUUUGAAACAACGGAAGACUCAAUUAUCUGAUUGUAUUUCGAUAUUCAAUAAUAAGCCAAAAAAAGCUAUUCCAUUAUUAAUUGAAAAAGGAUUCCUGGAAGAUGACUCUCCCAAAUCUAUAGCCAAGUGGUUAUUGACAACAGAUGGUUUAAAUCUGGCUACUGUGGGUGAUUUUCUCGGUGAAGGUGAUGAAAAGAAUAUUGCAAUAAUGCAUGCUUUUGUUGAUGACUUUGAUUUUAUAGGUUUAUCUAUUGUAGAUGCACUUAGGGAAUUUUUACAAGCCUUUAGACUUCCAGGAGAAGGUCAAAAGAUCGAUAGAUUUAUGUUAAAAUUUGCUGAACGAUAUGUAGAACAAAACCCAACUGUUUUCUCAAAAGCCGAUACUGCUUAUGUUUUAUCUUAUUCUUUGAUAAUGCUUAACACAGAUUUACAUUCGUCUCAUAUUAAGAAUAAAAUGUCGUUGGAAGAGUUUUUAGAAAAUAAUGAGGGUAUCGAUAAUGGUCAAGAUUUACCCAGGGAAUUUUUGGUAGGAUUAUUCAAUGAGAUUGCUAACAAUGAAAUUAAAUUACUAUCAGAACAACAUCAAGCUAUGUUAGCAGAAGAUGAAAAUGUUCUUUCAAAUCAACAAUCCUCUGCGUUUAACUUUUUUAGUACUAGAGAUUUACAAAGAGAGGCAUAUAUGCAAGUUUCCAAAGAAAUUGCAUCAAAAACCGAACUUGUAUUUAAAAAUUUGAGCAAAACAAAACUAAAAAAUGAUGGUGAUAUUUAUUAUGCCGCAUCUCAUGUAGAGCACGCCAAGUCUAUUUUCGAGAAUUUGUGGAUGUCUUUCCUGGCAGCUUUAACACCGCCUUUUAAGGAAUACGAUGAUUUGGAAACAACCAACAAAUGUUUGGAAGGAUUAAGAAUUUCUAUUAGAAUAUCUUCUAUAUUUUCCAUUGAUGAUGCUAGACAAUCCUUUAUUGGUGCCUUGGUGCAAUUUUGUAAUUUACAAAACAUUGAAGAAAUCAAAAUAAAAAAUGUAAAUGCAAUGAUAGAACUAUUGGAACUAGCCAUUUCUGAGGGUAAUUAUAUCAAAGAAUCAUGGAAAGAGAUUUUAUUAGUUAUAUCCCAAAUUGAAAGAUUACAACUAAUUUCCAAAGGUAUUGACAGGAACACAAUUCCUGACGUAACGCAAGCACGUGUUACUAAUCCAAGAGUCUCCAUCGAUUCAGCAAAAACCACUCCACAGCCAUAUUUUUUCGAUAUAUGGAGUAAGAGGGCUACGCCGAUGGAACUAGCGUUGGAGAAACAUCUUAAUCAAAAAUUAUCACCUGAUAUGGUGAAAUACAUUUCAUCGAGUGAACUUGUUGUGUUAAUGGACAAUGUAUUUACUAAGAGUGGUGACCUAUCAGCUAAUGCAAUAAUUGAUUUUAUUAGAGCCUUGACUCAGGUCUCUUUAGAAGAAAUUGAGUCGUCUCAACAUACCUCAACUCCAAGAAUGUUUUCUUUACAAAAAAUGAUUGAUGUUUGUUAUUAUAAUAUGGACCGUAUCAGAUUAGAAUGGACACCAAUUUGGGCCGUAAUGGGAUCUGCUUUUAAUAAAAUUGCUACAAACUCUAAUUUAGCUGUUGUUUUCUUUGCAAUUGAUUCUUUACGUCAAUUGUCUGUAAGAUUCUUAGAUAUUGAAGAAUUGAAUGGGUUUGAAUUCCAACAUGAUUUUUUGAAACCAUUUGAGUAUACUGUACAAAAUACAGGUGAUACUGAAGUGCAAGAAAUGAUUAUUGAAUGUUUCCGUAGUUUUAUUUUAUUAAAGUCAGAAAAAAUAAAGUCUGGUUGGAAAUCAAUCCUAAAAUCUUUGCAAUACACAUCCCAAUCAAAAAAUGAAGCUAUUGUCAAUAAGACACAAAGCUUGAUCACCGAUGAUAUUGUCAAGAAGCAUUUUGAAAGUGUGUUUGUUCAAGAGGAUUCAUUUAGCGAAUUAGUUGAUGUGUUUAAAGACAUUACAAAAAAUAGAAAGUUUCAAAAGGCUUCGUUACAUGCAUUAGAAACAUUAAAAACUAUAACUAAUCGUAUUGCUAUAAUAACAUCUAAUGAUCCAGAUUUACCAGAAAGAGAACAUUAUCAGAAAUUGUUACAUGGUAAAGAUGUUUUUGAAGAUGUUUGGUUCCCAAUUCUAUUUUGUUUCAAUGAAACAAUAAUGACAGCGAAUGAUCUUGAGGUAAGAUCGCGUGCUUUGAACAACAUGUUCGAUGCACUUGUUGCUUAUGGUAGUAAUUUUGAUGAAGAAUUUUGGAAGAAGAUAUGUAAUAAGUUAUUAUUUCCUAUCUUUAAUGUUCUAUCUAAACACUGGGAAAUUAACCAAUUCAACAGUCACGAUGAUUUAAGUGUUUGGUUAUCGACCACCUUAAUUCAAGCUUUGAGAAAUCUAAUUGCACUUUUCACUCAUUAUUUUGAAUCCCUAAACAAGAUGCUUGAUGGAUUUUUAAAACUUUUAGUGUCAUGUAUCUGUCAAGAGAAUGAUACUAUUGCAAGAAUUGGAAGGGCCUGUUUGCAACAAUUAAUUUUGCAAAAUGUAACGAAAUUUUCUACAGAACAUUGGGAGUUAAUUGGGGAUGUAUUUAUUAAAUUAUUUGAAUUAACCACUGCUGAAGAAUUAUUUGAAUGUGAUCCGUUACAUCAAGGCAGACGUAAAUCUAUGGCGUUCGACCCAUCUACCCCAAAGAUACCUAAUAUUUCAAAUCAAGAAGACACAAUGCCGGAAACAUUAGAAAGAGCUAAAAAAGAAGCAGGCAGUGAAGAUUUUGUUUUAAACACAGAAAAUGAGAAUAACAACAACAACAAUGUUAAUAAUAACACCAGUAGUGAUUCUAAGUCAUCAGAUAUCGAUAUAGAUAAAGAUAGAGAUCUUUUACGCAAGCAAGUCAAUGUUAAAAACACUAUUGUGGUUAAAUGUAUUUUACAGUUAUUGAUGAUUGAAUUGGUUAGUGAUCUUUAUGAUGAUGAAACAUUUGAACAAAACAUUCCAUGUAAAGAAUCAAUCAAAUUAACAGAACUUUUGGAGAAAUCAUAUGAAUUUGCACAUGAUUUCAAUAAUGAUAUCGGGUUAAGAACAAGAUUGAUGGAAUCUCGUGUCGUUAAUAAUAUUCCUAAUUUAUUAAAACAAGAGACCAGUGCAGCAGCAGUUUUAAUUGAUCUAAUGUUUAAACUAUAUUUAAAUGAUGAUGAAAAGAAGGCUGGAUUGGCUGCUAGGUUGAUAAGGAUAUGUGUUACUGUGGUUAAAUCGUAUAUUUUAUUAGACGAUAGAACGAUGGAACGUACAAUAAUUGCAUGGAGGCCUGUUAUAGUUGAAAUUUUACAAGGUUAUUAUGAAUUUGAUGAUGAAGACUUCAAAGAAUAUGGGACUGUUAUGUAUGGACUGAUUAUUAAAAUAUUGGACAAGAGUGUCCCAAGUGAUCUGAGGUUUGCAAUUAGACAAUUUUUAAGUAGAGUAGGUGAAGUAUAUUUGUCCAUUCCACUAGAAGAUGAUUAA